AUGACAACCACUGCUGCUGAAGCUGCCAUUUUAGCUGCACAAGCCGCUGCCGAUGACGCUUUCUUCAGAAGUCUCGAUCUCUCGGAAAGUAACAAAGAAAAUCUACCCCCAUGGCUCCUUGAAGAACGCGAGCCCAUCUGGGAACGUCAGCGCGCAUAUCUGGCUGCUUGGCGCCCUUCGCCUGAGCAAGAAAGACGUUACAGAGCGCGCCAUCCCCUUCCCCCGCAGCGAGAUGCUGCAAUCCUCGACAUCCAUUUUAGCAUGGCUUCAACACUACCGAUUAUCCGCCCCAGACGCGUCCGCGAUGAGUGGCAUGAGAUUUUUCUUCAAGAAUGGGAGAAGCCUAUCCUACCAAACCCAAAUCAACCCCCGAGGAUCAGCAGUGCCCGUCGCGGGAACCCUGUUCCACAGCCGUUCUUGAACUCGCCAAUCCUAGACUCUGGAGGCAACUUGAUCCACUCUGUUCUACCAGCAACAGAAAAUGAACCGAGUGAAAGACAAGAGCAGAUAAAUACUAGGCCAGAGCCGCCUAAUCCAGCCGCAUCUGAGCGGUGGAGCCGGAAUCUGCAAUGGAGAGCACCUAUUCCGUUUUCUUUUUCCACACCCCAGAUUUCGACACCGAGAAUAUCUGCAAGAAACCGCCCCAUGUCCAUGAUGACCUUUCCUCAAGAAGACAAGGUGAACGAAUUCGAGAUAUUCAUAGACCCUGGGGAGCGGGAGAAUUCCGCCGAAGAAGAUGAUGAACUAGAGGAUUAUGAGGACGAAGAAACGCUUAGAGCAUUUAGUAUGUCCGUUGAUGUACCAGAGAGCGAUCAAGAGGGAGAGGCGGUGGAGGAAUUGGCGCAGAGGCUGUCAUCAAUCAGGAUUAUUGUUGAUGGACCGGCUGAUACUGGAAGGAAUGAGCUUACUGAAGCCUUAGUUUCAACGCUAGCGAUUACUCCAACAGUUCUGGCGGCUAUCCACCGUAGGCCUAGAUCUGCAACCUAUCCCGGUAACAAAGACCAAUACGCUUUUGCUCCCGUCGACAUCAUAACGGAAAGCUCUCCCAGCCCCGUCCAGAUGGGCCUCCCCAAGCCGGGUCCUAUCACAAGAAGCAUACCUAGCCUUAGUCAAGACGCACCGGCUACACUAACAGCCGCCGAUUCAACUGGUCCAGUCAUAUCCCCCUUUUUCCAGGAUUUUGAAGAGUUUAAAAAGAGCUUUCCAAGACGCGUACGUGAAGCUUUAGAGGUACCAGUCAUCGGUAACAGAAGAGUGCGGUCAUGGAUGGCACUUCCGUCCCCUCCUUUUGAAAAUGAAAGUGGCUUCCUUGAGGCGGUCCAGAGUUAA